AAUGGUUUAAUAAGUUUCAAAAAAUGUUUCGAGAUAAAGCCAACGGAGCUCGAUACAUCGAACUUGGAAAUCUCGUAGCGGACAUAACAAUCGUAGUUAUCGAUCGAUGCGAGUCACGCAAUGGUAUCCCUAGAUAGUAAUGGUGCUCGCGUUAAGUUCUGACAAAAAUUCACGUUGAAAACAGUGUAUAAAAUGCAGAAACGGGUUAACUCGGGAACACUUGUGUUAGCCUGGAAGAUGCUUCUUAUGAUAAGUGAAAGAAAUGCAUGGAUCCUGGAGGAAUAUUACCGAGUGGCUUAGCUGUCGUAUUUACGGAACAGAGAUGUCUGCGCCCUGAGAAACGGACUGACGGACAGACAGACAUCUCUGUCGACUUUCCCUGUGUUCUGAUUCCUGAUACGAAAUGCUGUUUGGAAAAUUCGGCAACUCUCCGGAGUGUGUUCUCUAGUGCUAUUAAAAUUUCAAAAUGUGGAAGUAUAACACGUGUGACAUAUACAUAAAAUGUUUCCACGACUGUAUGAAUAUCCGUGAUCCACUGUAGGAUCCAGAUUUUGUAAACGUAACCAACACUCCUGACCAAUAACGAAAAUUAUUCUCUACCAUCUGUUUUUAUUAAUAUACGAUGAGAAUAUAAAAAGAAUCGUAUGAUAAAAGUAUGAAGGAAGCCUGUAAAUGAGUUCUGUUUUGAAAGAAAGAAGGUGAGAACAAAUUUUCACCGCUAGAACAGCCACCGACUUAAAGAGGGGAUAAAAUUCACGUAUCAACUCUGGCUGUCCUAAUCCGAUUUUAGUGUGUUAUUCUGUUGUGCGCGAUAGCCUUAUACCAGUACGUAGAGAUGUUUUCGUCACCGGCAUCAGUAGUGCGCGAGCCGUCAGGCUAUGACUUUCAAAAAGAGGAGAACGCUGCCAAAUGGAAGGGAGUGUUUGUCAAUUCCUUGCGCAAGGUAUUAGAACAAGUACAUCCUAGUCUUGAAGCAAGACAAGAUGCAUUAGACUAUGUUGAGAGUUUAAUCUUAAGGCUGUUGGGAAUGCUUUGUGGUCAUCCUCCACCACACACACCUCAAGAUGUAGAAGAGAGAGUAAGGCGUACAUUUCCCACUCCCAUUGAUAGAUGGGCACUCAGAGAUGCGAGAGAUGCCUUGGAAAAAGGAAAAAAGAAAUCCCCACUAGUUCUUCCAGUUGACAAAAUUCAUCAACUAUUACAAAAAGAAGUAUUACAACAAAAAAUUGAUUUACAAGUUAGUCUUUUUGUAGUAGGAGUGUUGGAAUAUAUUUCUGCAGAUAUUUUGAAGCUAGCUGGAAACUAUGUCAAGAAUAUACGUCAUGUAGAGAUAUCUUGUGAAGAUAUAAGAGUUGCAAUGUGUGCAGAUAUGGUAUUAAUGGAUUUAUUUUAUCAAGAUGAUUAUGUAGAAAGUCCACAAAGUGGUUUAGGUGCAGUAGUUUCUCAAACUUAUGAAGAAUCUGUUCGAGAUCUUAUACACGAUGAACGUUAUUAUUUACGUGAUCUCCAUAUGAUCAUUAAGGUAUUUCGGGAAGAAAUCGCAAAGCUAGCACAAGAUAGAACUGAAAUUGAAACACUUUUCAGUAAUAUUAUGGAUAUUUAUGAAGUCACUGUAACGUUACUUGGUAGUUUAGAAGAUAUAAUGGAAAUUACUGAAGAGAAACAAACACCCACUGUUGGCUCAUGUUUUGAAGAAUUGGCAGAAGCAGCAGAAUUUGAUGUCUAUAUAAAGUAUGCAAAAGAUAUUAAUAGUCCAGCUAGUCGAGAAGUUUUAACAAAUUUAUUAUCAAGACCUGAAGCUAAUAAUGCAUUAAGAGCAGCAGGACAUGGUUUUAAAGAAGCUGUCAAAUAUUAUUUGCCAAAACUUUUAUUACAACCAAUAUGGCAUUGUUUUUUGUACUUUCAUUACAUAAAGGUAUUGCAAAAACGUACACCAAAUAUAGAAGAUGGUGAAACAUUGGAACAAGUACAAGGUCUUUUAAGUCCAUUACAGAUGGAAUUAUUACAAUCUAUGGCAAGUCUUCCAAAAAAAGAUACAGGUCUGCGAAUGCAGAGUAGAGCAAGGAGGCAAGCGGCGCUAGAAAAAACUAGUGAAUUACAAAAAACUGUUGAUGGUUGGGAUCAAAGAGAUGUUGGACAAUGUUGUAAUGAGUUUAUACGUGAGGAUAUGUUGUGGAAAGUAAGUAAUGGAAAGAGGUUAACGGAACGAAGAGCUCUUCUUUUCGAUGGUUUAUUAGUACUUUGUAAACCAAGUGGUGGCAAAAGAGUUAGCGUUACUGCUGCAGCAGUUGGUGUGGUAGGUCAUCCACCUCAUCAAGGCGAACUGCGUUUAAAAGAAAGGUUUUUCAUUAGAAAAGUUGAUAUUAUUGACAGAGAGGAUACUGAGGAAUUAAAAAAUGCCUUUGAAAUUGCACCAAGGGACCAUCCUAACGUUAUCCUUGUUGCAAAAUCCGUCGAAGAUAAAAAUAGUUGGAUGGCGGAUCUUGUAAUGUUGAAUACAAAGAGUAUGUUAGAGAGAACUUUGGACAGUAUCCUUUUAGAUGAGGAAAAGAAACACCCUUUAAAGUUACCUCCACCACAUUUAUAUAAAUUUGCUGAACAGGAUAGCUCAGAAAAUAUCGUUUUGGAAGCAAGAGAAAAUGGAGGUGUUCCAUUAAUUAAGGGAGCAACUUUGGUUAAAUUGGUAGAAAGAUUAACUUAUCAUAUAUAUGCUGAUCCAGCUUUUGUACGAACAUUCCUUACUACUUAUAGGAGUUUUUGCUCACCUCAGGAACUGUUGACUUUGUUAAUCGAAAGAUUCGACAUACCAGAUCCUUCAUUAGUUUAUGGUGAGGAAGAAAAAUCUUCUGGUUGCAAAACAACUGCUAGAGAGGAUUGGAAAAGAUAUAGAAAAGAAUUUUGUCAACCUGUUCAAUUUAGAGUUUUAAAUGUUUUAAGACAUUGGGUCGAUCAUCAUUUUUAUGAUUUCGAACGUGAUAGAAAUCUUUUGGAAGGAUUGCAAUCGUUUUUAGACACAGUAAGUGGAAAAUCAAUGAGAAAAUGGGUAGAUUCAGUAAUAAAAAUUAUACAAAGAAAAUGCGAACCUUCGGAACAACGACCUAUUACAUUUAGUUUUGAACGAUCUCCACCACCUAUUGAGUGGCACUUAAAAGUUCCUGAAGAAGAAUGGGGAAUAUUAACGUUACAUCCAAUUGAAUUAGCAAGACAAUUAACUUUAUUAGAAUUUGAAUUGUAUAGAACUGUAAAGCCUUCGGAAUUAGUUGGGUCAGUAUGGACCAAAAAAGAUAAAGAAAAGACAUCACCAAAUUUAUUGAAAAUGAUAAAGCAUACAACAAACUUUACACGGUGGCUUGAAAAAACUAUAGUAGAAGCUGAAAAUUUAGAGGAGAGAGUUGCAAUUGUAUCACGAACAAUUGAAAUUAUGAUGGUGCUCCAAGAUCUUAAUAACUUUAAUGGUGUAUUAGCAAUUGUUAGCGCAAUGGGAUCUGCUUCUGUUUUUAGGUUAAAAUUUACUUUUCAACAAAUACCAGCACGACUAGAAAAGGCCCUGGAAGAAGCACGGGAACUAAACAAUGGUCAUUUCCGAAAAUAUCAAGAAAAAUUGCGAUCCAUUAAUCCACCUUGCGUACCAUUUUUUGGCAUGUACCUGACUAAUAUUCUACAUAUUGAAGAAGGAAAUCCAGAUUAUCUACGAGGAAGUCCGGAACUUAUUAACUUUAGCAAACGACGAAAAGUAGCAGAGAUAACCGGAGAAAUUCAGCAGUAUCAAAACCAACCUUACUGUCUUUCAGUGGAGCCUAGAAUAAGACAUUUCAUUGAAAAUUUAUCACCUUUCGAUCCUAAUAUGAAAGAAGUUGAUAUAAGUAAUUAUUUGUACAAUAAAAGUCUGGAAAUAGAACCCAGAGGUUGUAGACAGCCACCUAGAGUCCCCCGUAAAUGGCCAGAUUUAAACUUAAAAUCGCCAGGCAUUAAAGCUAGAAGCUUGAGUGGCAAAUUACCAGCUCCAUUGCAAGCUGUAGCUUCCAGUGUAAGAUUACAUGAUCCUCCAUCGGAAGCACCGCCGCCAGAAUUACCAGAAACCCCUCCGCACACUUCACACGUUACAAUUUCUCACGUAGUGGAUCAUAGUAUUUUUGCACCUGUUUUAUUAGGAGGUACAGCUCAGUCGGGUUCACCAGGUCCUUUUAACAUGUCAGGACUUUCAAUCAGUUCGCCGGGUAGCAGUCCGCAAUUAGGAUCGCCCGGUCAUUUAUCUGUUCCGCAUCAUCAACCGCAAAAUAGUCUCUUUGGUUUUAAUUCCGCUACAAUUGGUGUAAUGGGGGCUUUGACCGGUAUACCAUCGUCAGGUGGAAGUCCUGGUGCUGUGAUGCCACCUCCUCCGUCUCCUGGCCAUGUACCACCCAGUCAACCUCCACCCCCUUUGCCACCAAGAUCUCAUAGGAAACGAGAGAGUUCCAUAAACGAAUCACUGCAACAAGCAAGACAAGCUCUAAAUGCACCUACACUUCCUCCACGAGAUGGUACUUCUCCACCGCCAUUACCGCCACGAAGAGAUUUGCCUCCGGUGACGUUACCGCCUCGGCUACCUACGACAUUGAAUCCAAGUUGUUCGACGCUACUCGCCAGGCGGAAUUCAACGUUGGAGAAUACAUGUUCAUCAAAUGCUGUUCAUACACGAAGACACAUGUCUUUCAAUGGGCCUAGUCUUACAAAAGUUCCGCCUAUGCAACCUAAUGGGUCGGUAAUACCAAGAUUACCACCAAAACCGUUGCGUCCACCAACCACCAUGUUUAAUUUCAAUGCUCCUCCUGGAUCUAGUUAAGUGUUAUAUCUUCCUACCUCACCUAAAUUAAAACGCAUCUUUUGGAAAUCGAGAUUUAGUCCACUCAGAAGGAUUAGUCAAGUCGGAUGUUCUGCCGGUAUGUUUGACAAUGUAAGAUGCUGUUUACAUAGCAUUUUUAUAGAAAACUUCAUAGGAACACAAGAUUUAUCUAAAACUCCGUAUUAAUGUAUUUACCAGGAUUUUUUAGUGAGACAUUUGAAGCGUAAUUGAUAAAUACAUUAAUGCCAAAUAGAGUGAUACAAUGAAUACUUUAUUUGCGAUACGACCCAUACGUGAUGAGAUGCUGUUACAUUCCUUUUUACCAUUUGUCUUUUUAACAUGUGUGACACUAUUUUAUUUAAAAUUUAUUUUUCGAGAGGAUAUAGAAUGUUCUAUCAUAUAUAGUAUAUUUUUAGAGUUUUUUUUACCAAGCGAAUAUGUAAUUAGUAAAUAUAAGGCUUUAUAUCCUGUACUAUUGAAUGAACUCAGUUGAAACUAUCUAUCUUUGAGAAAUACCUCAAAAAAAUUUUGUACAGCUCAUCUAAUUAAAUAAUCAUUGUUAUUUGAAUCUUGAACAGAAUAUUUUUCUAAAUAAACAGAACAGAGUUUCUUUGAUA